AUGUCCUCUCCAGCCAACGCUCUCCGCGGGCCCGAAUCCUGGACGAGCGCUGGUCGUGAUGCGCGUGCUGCAAACAGACUGGCCCCUACGCGUUGGCGCUCCUGGGCUUGGCUUCUGCCAACCUUGACGAUUGUCCCGUACCUGUUCGGAAAGCUGCAUUACUCCCUUCCUACUCCUCUACCGCCGUAUGACGCCCGCGGUCGCGCUCAGGUAUCGGAAGACAUAGCUCUGGGCCAUGUCCUUGCCCUUGAGAAUAUAGGGUAUCGGACAGUUGGCACGCACGAGGCGGUGAGAGGAGAGGAGUAUGUGCUGGAACAGGCGAGGAGUCUGCAGGCAAAGUGCAAGGGUGGCGUGUUGGUAUGCGAGGUGUGGGAGCAAAUCGGCUCAGGUGGACAUUCGUUCACGAUAGCAGAUCAUGACGUGCUCAAGCUCUACGCAGGAGUCAGGAAUGUUAUUAUGCGGAUAUCAGCCAAGCAGGGUAUCCGAGGAGAGAAGGAUGCUGUUUUGCUGGGGAGCCAUAUUGACUCCACCUUGCCUGCGCCUGGUGCUGCCGAUGAUGGUCUUGGAGUCGGUGUGAUGCUGGAUCUGGCAAGAGUCCUGAUCGAGCGGAAUGAGGCUUUCAACGGAUCUGUUAUCUUUGUCUGGAAUGGCGCCGAAGAAACGCUGCAGGAUGGAUCUCACCUGUAUGCCACUCAGCACGAGACAGCCAAGACUGUCCGUGCGGUCAUCAACCUGGAAGCUGCUGGAACCACUGGCGGAGCGUUGCUCUUCCAAGCGACGAGUCGGGAGAUGAUCGAGGCUUACUCCCAUGUCCCUUACCCGCACGGUACUGCCAUCGCGUCUGAGGUCUUUGCGUCCGGGAUCAUGAUCUCUGAUACCGACUUUGGUCAGUAUGAGCGAUACCUCAACGUCUCUGGACUGGAUAUGGCGCUUGUUGGGCAUAGCUACUUCUACCAUACCCGCAAAGACUCGAUCGAGAACAUCUCCCCCGGCUCGGCUCAGCAUUUCGGCGCCAACAUUCACGCUGUCCUCCAGCAGCUCACCGGCCCCGACUCGCCGCUAGUUUCGAAUACGCCCUGGAGCGCACCUGAUCUGGUGUACGUAUCGCUCUUCGACCGCGUCUUUCUAAAGUGGUCCAUGUCGGCGGCGGACAAGGCGUACCCUGCCCUCGCCGCGGUAGUCGCAGCGAUCACGUUUCCGAGGUCGCUGAAACGGGCAAAGGUGCUGGCGCUGGCGGUGGUGGCGACACCGUUAGGUAUGGUCGCGGCUUUGGCUGCUGCGAACGGAUGGGCGGCGGGACUGAGCUUGGCAGGCUGGAAGCAGACAUGGUUCAUCAACGAGCAUCUCCCGCUUGUACUGUAUGUACCGGUCGGCUUUAUCGGAUACUUCUCCGCUCAGUUCGGCCUCUCCUACUUCCUCUCCCCCAUCGACCGCCCUCUCCUCGAGCACGCCCACCUCCACGCUCAACUUCUCUAUCCCACCACCCUCAUGCUGGUCCUCCAAUUCUUCCGCCUCCGCUCGGCGUACGUCAAUGCGCUCAUCGUAAUCGUCCUCUUGGUCGGCGCCAUCGGGCAUGAGGUAUCGUCCUCAGUAGCUCGGGCGGCGGCAAAGCCCGGCAUGGCUCGUCAGGUGCAACACCAGGUGGUCAUUCUUUGGGGUUAUGCUAUCCCCAUGACGAUCAUGGUCGCUCUGGCCGUUGAGGGUGUCACAUCGACUCUUGACAUCUUCACGCCUCUCACCGGUCGCAUGGGCAAAGAAGCUCCGGCCGAGCACAUCAUAGCGACGAUUUCUUCCGUCUUCGGCUUCACCUUCCUCCCUCAAGCGGUACCGCUAUUCCACCGGCUCCCUCGGAACAACCAGCGAAGAGCUCUGCUUGUGCUACUCGGGCUCAGCGCGGUCAUUACGGCUAUCUUCGUCAGCCCGACCGUGCCUUCGUACGACGAUCAACACCCGAAGCGAAUGGCUGUGCAGUACUCUCAUAACCACACCUCCGGCGAGGACGCCCUCAGAAUAGCUUUCCUCGACCAGGGCGAUAAGCUUGGCGUUCUUCCUGCCAUCCACGAGCGCUACGGCAACCCCCGUUAUACCCCUCAGCCCAAGCCGCUCAACGAGUACACUGCCGACUGGGACGUCAUCUACCCCAUAUCGGUCUUUUUGGACGGAUAUGAGUUCCCGCUGGAGACGAAGGUUGAGGACAACUUCAAGUGGCCCGAGAUGGGGACCGAGAUCACCUCGACCGAAGUCAAGGGAGGUCGCAAGAUCAACUUGAAGCUGGAUUUUACUGGCUUGGUAUGGCCGACCAUCGCCUUCUCCGCCGAGAUUCUCGAAUGGUCAUUCGACUUCCUGCCACCGGUCGGAAAUAAGCGGCAUCACGUCAAGGUCGUGCCAACCGUGCUGGAGCCGGUGGUCGAGUUGUGGAUGACGAUCAAGGAGACCGAGCCGGUCAAGAUGGACUGGACCGCUGUCGAUGGAAAGCAGAUGGUGCCAUGGACAGCACCCCGCUUGGGUCCCGAUAUGCCAGGCUCGAAAUUGCUGUUGGACCUAGAUCGAUGGGCAGAAAAGAAGUGGAAGAAGUCCAUAGACAUCACAGCGGCGGGCAUAGUAUCCGGAGUAGUAGAUAUCUAG